AUAUGGAGGAACGUUGUCCAUCACACACACCACACCUUCACAACCAGCAUUUUCCUACCACCGCAACACUCCUGGAAGGAUCACCCCUCCUCUGUGUCUCUUCCACUCAUAACGCUCACCCCCUGCGUGAGGCACUAACUCACUAGUUGAUGCUUUUCCAUUACACUUCACCAUUAUGCUUCUUGUACGCAUGCAUGUUUCUCUCCGUUGCGUGCCGCACAACGAACACGCAGAAUCCUCAUCCGCGACGACCUCGGCGAUGCUGGCGGGCAGGAGGAGGAGGCUCCGGCCAGGAUGGGCCGCCAGCCGAAGAACGUGAAGUUGUCGGCGGCGGAGGCGAGAGUCGUGCUCCUGGCGCUGUCGAUGGUUGGCCUGGGAAUCGCCGUGUUCUUCAUCCUCUCGAUAACCGUCGUGCAGCCCUUGCUCAACGGGUGCGGUGUGCGCCCAAAGGCCCCCACCACCACCACCACCGUGUGUGUGUGUGCUGUGGCAUGUGGUGUUUUUUGUCAACGUUCGACACAAACGUCGUUCACGUCACCCACCCAGCCAGGCACCACCAUCACCAAAAAAAAAUCUCUGUUCUUAAAAGGCCGAGGCAGCAAGGAGGCGAACUGCACGGUGAUCUCGGCCGAGAUCCCCAAGUGGAUUGACUGCGCCUUCGAGUGCGGCCCCUACUGCAAGGGCGUCUCCAGCUACCCGUGCCUGCAGGUCUACGUCAACGUGACGCCGUGGGGACGCAAGGUCCUGCUGCAUCGCGACGAGCAGUCAAUAUCCUCCAGUUCGCAGGUCAGCGCCAGCCUCGCUCGAGAGACGGGACGGGUAGCGGGGGGGGGGAAUUGCUACCAGUUGCCCAAGUGCUACCGGGACCACGCGGAUGCCACCGCGGUGAUUGAGCCACUGAAGUCGUCCUUCAGGGCCCUCAACCGCACGCCCUUCCGAUGCUUCUACAACGCCCGCGUGCACCACGACGACGCCCUCUUCAGCCGAUCGGCCAGCGACUCCCAAUCUCUGCUGCAGUGUCUUCUGUGGCCCCUCUUGGCCGUGGCCAUCGGUGCCGCCCUCCUGCUCCUCCUGGCCUUGAGUCACACGCUGGCGGGCCUGUGCGAGAACAAACAGACGAUUCAGCACCGCCGCAAGGCGCACUCCGACACCGCUCGUCUGGUCGCCCGGCGUCCCUGGAGGAGCGACGUGGCCGGCGGCGGCGGCGGCGGCGGCGGUGGUGGCAGCGCCAGGCCCAAAAGCCGGGCCUCUUUGCGCUCGGCUGGCAUUGCCAUUGUGUCUUUCCGCGCUGUGGGAAACAGCCUCAAGGGGGAAAAGCACGUGCAUUUGCCAUGAUGCGCUGGUCGUGGUUGGCGGCCGUCGCGGCGGCGGUGGCUGUGUUUUCCAGAGAUUCGGUUCAAAAUCAUGUUUGGAGGAAAUUUCCAUUUUCAGGCGUGAUUUUCA